AUGCAGAUGUUCAUUCCAGUUUGUGAGAACAAUCACUGGCACAUGCAUGUAGUUAAUUUUGCAGCUGCACGAGUUGAAAUUCUUUCAUCUUUGCCCUUGAGGCGAGGAAACAGUAUUAGUGCUGCAACAAGGCGAUUAUCUAUGGCAAUCAAUAAAGCACUGCAUGCAUAUGCAAUUCAUAUGGACGUGGAUGUCUCGACUUUUGAGCAUGUCCAACCACACCUUGUGCAACAACUGAAUGGGUUUGACUGUGGUAUCCUUGCACUAAAAUUCAUGGAAUUUUGGAAUGGGGCCACCUUAACUACUUCAGUGGCAGAGGACAAGCUCAACAUGUACAGACUCCAGCUAGUUGUGGAACUAGUGCUCAAUGAACACAACACUGUUAGAGAUAAAAUUAUGGCCUCCUGUCAUUUGUGA